UGUUUAACAGAUUGUAUCACUCCUGUGUCAAUAUUUAAAGUGUGGUUGAAGUUCAGCUUUUCUGUUUUUCUUUUUACAGACAAAUUCUUUAUCAUGCUGAACACUAAUACACUUGGUAGAAGAAUGAGGCUCAGCUAUAGGGUGUCCUUGCUUGAAUGUCUGCUCCUCAAUGCUGUUUUCCUGCUGUCCCUUACAACAGCACAAACUUCCAAAAUAUUUCUGGAGUGGAGAGAUGCAGUUCAGGUCCUGAAGGUCCGACGGCCAAGAGCCAACUUUUUCCUGGAGGAAAUGCUACCAGGAAACCUGGAGCGUGAGUGUUAUGAGGAGACCUGCUCCCAGGAAGAAGCAGCUGAGAUCUUCCAAACUAAAGAGAAAACGAUGGAAUUUUGGUAUCGAUACAAAAAUCUGCACUCCUGUCAGAGAAACCCUUGCUUGAAUGGAGGGAUAUGUUCAGUUGACCAGCAUGACUUUUUGUGCCUCUGCCCACCUCGCUAUGAUGGAAAGAGAUGUGAGACAGAGGUGUUUGAGUGCCAGUACAAAAAUGGGGGGUGCCUGCAGUACUGCACUGACAUAGAGCGUACUACCGGUGUGAUGUGUAGCUGUGCUGAAGGAUAUCAUCUGCAGGAAGAUGGAAAGACCUGCAAGGAAGCAGUGCCAUUCCCCUGUGGGAAACGAUGGCAAGGGUAUUCUGUCCAGCGCUCUGCCCUGGAGGAUGUGUUCAUACGGAAUGAAACUCAACUAUUUCCAUCAACUUUUCCUAACUCUACGAAUCCAAAGAAAGUGUCCUUUCAUAAUUCUACUGAUCAAAAGUGUAACUCCACCAGCAUUAGCAGUAACACAAGAGACAGCAUUGAAGAUGAGUUAUCAGAGGGAUUUGAUAUGAAAGCACGCAUUGUUGGAGGACAGCUUGAAAGACAGGGUGGGAGUCCAUGGCAGGUUCUUAUUCACAAGGAAGAUGGCUUUGGGUUCUGUGGUGGCACUCUGAUUAUGCCACGCUGGGUUAUUAGUGCGGCCCACUGCUUCCAGGAAACCCCUCAUCAUGUGACCAUUGGGAAAUUUGACAAGAUGCGACUAGACCAAGAUGAGCAGAUGAUCCGAGUUAAAAUUUUAAUAGUGCACCCUCACUUCCAUGAGUUUACAUUUGACAGCGAUAUAGCCCUACUCUACUUGGCCAAGUCAGUGCACCUGGGGCCCUUUGCCACACCUGCGUGUCUUCCCAACAUACACCUGGCACAACUGCUCCUAAAGGAGAAUAAAAUGGGCACUGUCUCUGGGUGGGGGGCUACCCAGUACAUGGGAAGAUCUUCCCGUUUCUUGCGCAAGGUGGAGCUCCCAGUUGUGGAUCAGAAGAAGUGCAUUUUGUCCACUGAGCAGGUGAUUACAGACAAUAUGUUCUGUGCAGGAUAUGAUGAAGCGCUCAUGGAUGCCUGCAGUGGCGAUAGUGGUGGUCCUUUUGUGUCCAAACACCAGGACACCUGGUACCUUAUAGGUGUGGUAAGCUGGGGAGAAAUGUGUGCUGCCAAGGGCAAAUAUGGUGUUUACACCAAACUUGACAACUACCUGUCCUGGAUAAAAGACACAGUACUGCAGUAUGAGCAGAACAUUACUGAAAACUAAACUGAAAUCUUACAAAUGUUAUUUUGUGUUGUUAUGAAAAUUACAGUGGAAUGUAUAAUGAAUGUGUGGCUAAUAUGAAGUGAGUAAAAAUUAGAUUUUUGGUACUUUUUGGUAACUGGUAAUUCCUUAAUUGUUUAAAUAAGACUAGUGUUAUAUCAAAUGGAAUUAACUGACUGAACAGCUUAAUUCAAGGGUUAACAUAGAGUGGCUUUGGAUGAUAGUUCACCUCACCGCAAAACAGAGACAGUUUUGUGGUGCCAUUAGAACACAAGCUGACCAAGAACAAAGGAGUGCUUUAAUAAAUAUGAAUACAUGGC